UGAUUCCAAACACACAUUGCCAAAACAUUUUAAUAUAUAUUGAUCUUACACUUCUCAAAGUUAUAUUAGUCCAAAGUGGAUCUACUUCUAACCAUUCCACAUCUUUGUUGGAUCAUUCCCUCUAAAAUGUCUAACAAAGAGAAGCAACACAAGAAAGGGUUCAUGUAUAUUUACAAAACCGGCCCAAGAAACCAAAGAAACAAAGAUUUAGAACAUGGCAUGGAAAAAGAAAAGAAACCAAGUUCAAGAAGUUGGUUACAAUGGAUAAGAUAUCCAACAAGAAAUUACAAAGUUGAAAAUGAAGGAUUUGUCGAGGCGAGAAAUUCAACAUCAUCAUCAUGUUUAGAGUUAGAAUCAAGAGGAGGGUAUGUGGAAGGAAGAAACUCAGUGUCUUGCAUAGAAGCAUCAUCAUCACCAGCAAUAACUGCAACAAGAAGAAGAGGAAUCAUAGUUGAGGAAGGAAGAAAAUCAGUGUCUUAUGUUGAAACAAAGUUAGUAGAAUCAACAAAGGUUGUUGAAAAAUUUGUUGAGGCAAGAAAAUCAGUGUCUCAGAUUGAAACAUUGUCAUCUGUAAUUGAAUGUCUUGAAGUGAAGGUUUUGGUCUCAGAUAUGCCAAGUUUCAUGCAAGUGCAUGCUUUUCGUUGUGCAAGAAGGACUUAUGAUAGUCUUGAGGAGUUAAGCUCCAAACAUAUAGCUCAUAACAUAAAGAAGGAGUUUGAUAAAGCCUAUGGUCCAGUAUGGCAUUGUAUUGUAGGCCCAAGUUUUGGUUCUUUUGUGACACAUUCAACUGGUUGUUUUCUUUAUUUUUCAAUGGAAAAUUUAUAUAUUCUACUCUUCAAGACCAAAGUUAAGAAGACAUUGGACUAAGGAGCUUGAGAAGAUAGACAACUUCUUGAAGAAGAGGUUGAGUGAAACUAUGGAAGUGUGGAAGGAAAAUUCUCUUCUAGCCAAUCCACAUUAUAACUUCAAACUUAAGCUCUAAUAUAAUUAAUCAAAGCAAAAUAUUCAAGGCUAAUUUAAUGCCCACAUGAAGAGACUAAAGCUUUGUUCAAACUGUAUUACAAUUUACAAAAGCUCAUGCUAUUAUAGAAAGGCUUGAAGCCACAUUUAUGCUCUAAGCAAUAUCCCUUGUAUAAAGCUAUAUGUAUAAUAAAUAUUCUUUUUCCUCCAUUCAAUUUUUUC